UUGAACGUCGGUGCAACGAGUCUGAUCUAUGCCAUGGAGCCACUUGCAACCAACACGAAGACAGCAGUUAUACGUGUGAUUGUAAUAGUGGUGGUUUUAUAGAAAAUGUGGCUAUUGGAAGGCUCGUGCGGCAAAGUAGUACCAGUCACGGUGGACUUGCUCCAAGAGCCGUUGAUGGGAACACCAACCCGAUUUAUUAUAGUGAUACUUGCUCACAUGCUGGUUUUGGAGACAUGUUUCCAUGGUGGCGUGUUGACCUGGCAUUUCCACAUUGCAUUCAAAAAGUAAGAAUCUACAACCGACUAGACUGUUGUG